AUUUUGGAUAUUUAGAGAUAAUGCAGAGGGAAAAAGCAAAAGCCGUCCUCUCCCGCCACUAUGGCCAGCAACACUGAACUCCUCCUCCAACGUUACCCUUUUUCUUCUUCUUUUAGAUUUCUUCCCUUAACAACAACCACCACUCUCUCAUUCUCUCUCCUUCGCCCUCGAUCCCUUCCUUUUCCCCUCAAAUUCCAUGCCUCCUUCUCCUUCAAGUCCCCGACCUCAACCCUCCGCGCCUUCUCCGACGCCGAGGAGGACGAAGAAGACGAUGAAGAAGAUGAUGAAGAAGAAGACCAAGACCAUGACCAAGACAACGUUUCUGCCGACGAAUACGACGACGUUUUGGGUGAGGCUUCCGACGACGAGGCCGACGUGUUCUCUCCGCACGAUGGAUUCAAGUGGCAGAGAGUCGACAAGCUAUGCAACGAAGUCAGGGAGUUCGGCGCCGAUCUCAUCGACGUCGACGAGCUCGCCUCCGUCUACGACUUCCGCAUCGACAAGUUUCAGCGGCAGGCGAUACUGGCUUUUCUGAGAGGCUUCUCGGUGGUGGUUUCCGCUCCGACGAGCAGCGGGAAGACGCUGAUUGCGGAGGCCGCGGCGGUGGCCACGGUGGCUAGGGGACGGAGAAUAUUCUACACGACGCCGCUCAAGGCGCUGUCCAAUCAGAAGUUUCGCGAGUUCCGCGAGACUUUUGGCGGCAGUAAUGUUGGCCUUCUCACGGGUGAUUCUGCAGUGAACAAGGAUGCUCAGGUUUUGAUUAUGACCACGGAGAUAUUGCGCAACAUGUUGUAUCAGAGUGUUGGUAAUGUUUCUUCUGGAAGUGGACUUGUAAAUGUUGAUGUGAUUGUUUUGGAUGAAGUUCAUUACCUUAGUGACAUAUCUCGUGGUACAGUCUGGGAGGAGAUUGUUAUUUAUUGCCCUAAAGAAGUUCAACUUAUUUGCCUGUCAGCAACUGUUGCAAAUCCUGAUGAGUUGGCUGGGUGGAUUGGUCAGAUUCAUGGUGAAACAGAAUUGGUAACAUCAUCAAAACGCCCAGUUCCAUUGACUUGGCAUUUCUCUCUGAAGAAUUCCUUAUUACCACUUCUUAACGAGAAAGGAACACACAUGAACAGGAAACUGUCACUCAAUUAUUUACAACUUCAAGCUGCAGUGGCUAAACCUUACAAGGAUGAUUGGUCUAGAAAAAGGAAUCCCCGGAAACGAGGAACUCUCUCAGGCUAUGAUAGUGAUGAUAACAUGUUUGAACAACGUUCCCUUUCAAAGAAUAACAUAAAUGCAAUUCGUCGUUCACAAGUUCCUCAAGUAAUUGAUACAUUAUGGCAACUUCAGUCCAGGGAUAUGCUGCCAGCUAUUUGGUUUAUUUUUAGCAGGAAGGGUUGCGAUGCGGCUGUGCAAUAUCUUGAAAAUUGCAAACUUUUAGAUGAGUGUGAAUCAAGUGAGGUUGAACUAGCCUUGAAAAGGUUCCGCAAGCAGUACCCUGAUGCUGUCAGAGAAUCAGCUGUGAGAGGACUUUUGGAAGGUGUUGCUGCUCAUCAUGCUGGAUGUCUACCUUUGUGGAAGGCAUUCAUAGAAGAGUUGUUUCAAAGAGGACUUGUCAAGGUUGUUUUUGCUACAGAAACCCUGGCUGCUGGAAUCAAUAUGCCUGCUAGAACAGCUGUUAUUUCAUCCCUCAGCAAAAGAGGUGAUAGUGGACGUAUCCCAUUAAGCUCAAAUGAACUGCUUCAGAUGGCUGGGCGUGCUGGACGCAGAGGCAUUGAUGAAAAUGGUCAUGUAGUUCUCAUCCAAACUCCUAAUGAAGGUGCUGAAGAGGGCUGCAAAGUACUGUUCGCUGGACUAGAGCCUCUAGUGUCACAGUUUACUGCUUCAUAUGGAAUGGUUUUGAAUCUUCUUGCUGGUGUGAAAGCCAUUCAUAGGUCAAAUGAAUCAGAUAACAUGAAACCUUCCACAGGUAAAACUUUGGAAGAAGCUAGGAAAUUAGUUGAGCAGAGUUUUGGAAAUUAUGUUAGUAGCAACGUAAUGCUGGCUGCUAAAGAAGAAAUUAAUAAAAUUGAAAAAGAAAUUGAGUUUCUGAUGUCAGAAAUUACUGAUGAAGCCAUAGAUAGGAAAAGCAGGAAGGCUUUAUCACCACGACAAUACAAGGAAAUUGCAGAAUUACUGGAAGAUUUAAGGGCAGAAAAGCGUGUUCGGUCUGAAUUGCGGAAACAGAAGGAAGCAAAGAGAAUAUCUGCCCUGAAACCUUUGUUGGAGGAGCCCGAAAGUGGACAUUUACCAUUUUUGUGCUUGCAGUAUAGAGAUUCUGAAGGAGUUGAACAUUCAAUUCCUGCUGUGUUUUUGGGGAAGGUUGACUCCCUUAAUGCUUCAAAACUCAAAGAUAUGAUUUCUUCUGUUGAUUCUUUUGCAUUGAAUUUAGCAGACGCAGAGCCAAGUGUCGCUGAUUCUGAAUUGAAGGAUGAUCUUAAACCAUCAUAUCAUGUGGCUCUUGGUUCAGAUAACACAUGGUAUCUAUUUACAGAAAAGUGGAUUAAAACGGUAUAUGGGACAGGCUUUCCUAAUGUUCCAUUGGCUGAAGGGGAUGCUCGACCUCGAGAAAUUAUGAGUAUUCUCCUUGAUAAGGAGGACAUGAAGUGGGAUAAGCUUUCUCACUCCGAGCAUGGUGGUUUAUGGUUCAUGGAAGGAUCUCUAGAUACAUGGUCUUGGAGCUUGAAUGUUCCUGUUUUGAGUAGCUUGUCAGAAAAUGAUGAGCUACUACUACAGUCUCAAGACUACAAAGAUGCCAUUGAACGUUACAAGGAACAAAGAAAUAAAGUUUCACGGUUGAAGAAAAAGAUAGUUCGUAGUGAAGGCUAUAAAGAAUAUUUUAAAAUCAUAGAUGCAGUCAAGUUUACUGAGGAGAAAAUCAAGCGCCUGAAGAAUAGAUCUAAACGUUUGAUUAAUAGGAUAGAACAAAUUGAGCCCUCGGGUUGGAAGGAGUUUAUGCAGGUUAGCAAUGUCAUUCACGAAAUCAGAGCUUUAGAUAUUAAUACACAUAUCAUAUUUCCACUUGGUGAAACCGCUGCUGCAAUUCGAGGAGAAAAUGAGCUAUGGCUUGCGAUGGUUCUUCGCAAUAAAAUUUUACUAGAACUAAAACCUGCACAGCUUGCUGCAGUGUGCGCAAGUUUGGUGUCCGCGGGUAUCAAAGUCCGACCUGGGAAAAAUAACAGUUACAUUUAUGAGCCUUCUGCAACUGUAACCAAAUUCAUAACGUUAUUGGAUGAGCAAAGAAGUGCCUUAUUGGCAAUGCAGGAUAAACAUGAGGUGACAAUCUCCUGCUGUUUGGAUAGCCAGUUUUGUGGUAUGGUUGAGGCCUGGGCUUCUGGGUUGACAUGGAGAGAAUUAAUGAUGGAUUGUGCAAUGGAUGAUGGUGAUUUAGCUCGUCUCCUUCGACGGACCAUUGAUCUGUUAGUUCAGAUUCCAAAAUUGCCAGAUAUUGAUCCAUUGUUGAAGCACAAUGCCAAGGCUGCUUCUAGUGUCAUGGAUCGGCCACCAAUAAGUGAACUUGUGGGGUAAUCUCUCUGCCUCUGUUGAAAGAUCGUCUGUAGAUUUUGUAUGAUUAAUUUUCAACAAUGUUUUUAUGAUAUUAUUAUCAUCAUUAUAUUAUUAUUGACAAAAAUUUAGGAGAAAGAAAAUUACUCCAAUUCAAUGUAAAUUAAACCCAAGCUGGUCAGUUGUCACUUGGGCUAAUUCAUAUUGGCAUGAUAAAAUCAUUGAUGUUAGAAUAUAUUUGUCAAUUUGCGAUUUUCGUUAAAUUAAAUUUUGUAUCCGUCAGA